GGAGCAGGCAACCCACUUGGCAGUGAGGCUGCAGCCGCCCAGGCUUCUGCYUUGCGGACAUGGAUGUGUUCCAGAAGGUAGAGAAGAUUGGAGAGGGCACCUAUGGGGUGGUUUAUAAGGCCAAGAACAAGGAGACAGGGCAGCUUGUGGCACUCAAGAAGAUCAGGCUGGAUUUGGAAAUGGAGGGGGUCCCCAGCACKGCCAUCAGGGAGAUCUCCCUGCUCAAAGAACUGAAGCACCCCAACAUUGUCAGGCUGCUGGAUGUGGUGCAUAGCGAGAAAAAGCUGUACCUGGUGUUCGAGUUCCUCAGCCAGGACCUGAAGAAGUACAUGGACUCCAUGCCGGUCUCAGAGCUCCCCCUGCACUUAGUUAAGAGCUACCUCUUCCAGCUACUGCAGGGAGUGAAUUUCUGCCACUCUCAUCGGGUCAUCCACCGAGACCUGAAGCCCCAGAAUCUGCUCAUCAAUGAGUUUGGAGCCCUCAAGCUGGCCGACUUUGGCCUGGCUCGAGCCUUYGGGGUGCCCCUGCGCACCUACACCCAUGAGGUGGUGACACUAUGGUAUCGUGCCCCGGAGAUCCUCUUGGGCAGCAAGUUUUAUUCCACAGCUGUGGAUGUCUGGAGCAUUGGUUGCAUCUUUGCAGAGAUGAUGACUCGAAAAGCACUGUUUCCCGGUGACUCUGAAAUUGACCAACUAUUUCGUAUCUUUCGCACCCUGGGRACACCCAGUGAAGCCACAUGGCCAGGGGUCACCCAGCUGCCUGACUAUAAGGGCAGCUUCCCCAAGUGGACCAGGAAGGGGUUGGAGGAAAUUGUGCCUAAUCUGGAGCCCAAGGGCAAGGAUCUGCUCAUGCAACUCCUGCAGUAUGACCCCAGCCGGAGGAUCUCGGCCAAGGCCGCUCUUGCCCACCCAUACUUCUCAUCCCCUGAGCCCUCCCCGGCCUCCCAGUGUGUGCUGGAGGGUUUCUGCCGCUGAGAACAUUGAGGCCCAGCACCUCAAUCUGUCUGCCUCCCACGCACCUCCCAAGAGAACAAACCUGGGGAGAGGGCAAAGCUCUAAGGAAUUUUGAUCAGCCACCAGAGGGCUGAGUUUGGGUUAGUCCUGCCAGCAGGUUAGCAAGUCUGUGUUGUUUGUUGGAUUCGACGGUCCUUUUCAAAAUAGAAGAGCAGAUGCUCCAUGCAUGGUGGGGUACGUUUGAUCCCCAGUCCCCUGGCACUGGAACAACAGGUGCCAAGUGGA